AUGACUUCAAUCUCGCUCCCUUUUCAGUCCCAGCCGACCGGUUUUGCCCAGCAUUUCGAUUCCCCCGACCAGCCGAUCGCGGAUCCCAGUCGUCAUCUCACCAUGCCCGCAACGCUACCCAAUCCGCCGUUUGUGUUUCCCGCCAGGGACGCAGAUGUGUCCGACAACCAGUCCGAAACUCCUGGGCCUCGGACACCACCCCAGCUUCCUGCAUUUUCAUUCAAUCCCGGGGCAGGCCCGUCUCCACAGCCAACUCAGCCAUACAACCCUCGGCUGAGUGCCCAUCGGCGACGGCCUAGCGAAUUUGUUGGGGGUGAGCAACUGGUGACACCAGAAUCCGUGGAUGACAAAAAGGAAGACCCGGCGGCGUCGUCUACCCUGCCUCCACCGGGUCCUCCUGGCCCUGGCAGAGGCCCGGGACGACGUGGUCAUGCCCAUCGUCGGUCGGCGGCUAUUUCUGGUGUUGAUCUGAAUGCCAUUUCAAAGGCGCUCGGCACGAACCCAGCUGCUCCGAGCGCGCCCGUCACACCUUCCGAAAGGGGAUUCGAUGACAUUUCGAGGCCGUUAUCUUAUUCAGCCUCAAGUCUCGGCCGUCUCUCGCCUCCCGGUUCUCCAGGGAUUCCACCCGUCCCGCCUCUCCCUUCCGCCAUCUGCGUUGAGCCUGCUCCUGAUGACACCCCCAACACCGACGGAACUGUCUCUAUCCUCUCCAACGAGACACCUACCAAUACCGCGGCGAUCAAUCCCCCACAGCCCCAUAACCCUGCUAGAGAUGGUACACUUUCUUUCGCCGAUGGUGGCCCGACGCCGCGUGACCGCAAGCCCAAGCCACGGCCGAAAACUGCUGAUGCGUCUUUGGCAUUUGAUUUGAUCCAGAGUAGCAAGUCCAGCGGAGUAUCUUCGGUCAAACGGUCCAAGUCUUCAGGACACUCGCGCUCCCGAAAGAGUAUGUCAAGGGGUUUGCUUGAUGCCGCCCUUUCGAGUCACUCGGCUGAAGAUGCUCGCUCUACCGACACGUCUCGUCGCUCGUUUUCGAAUGACGAUGGUUCAGAUACUUCUAGCGACAGUGAACACGACAGUGGAUUUUUGUCUGCGAAGAAGCCGUCUUCUAAAUCCAAGAAGAAAAAGAGAGUUCGCUCUUGGGCCGGUGCCAUCCUAACGCGGGGCAAGAGCAAGGGCAAGCGGGGUGCGAAACUGAAUCUCGCAUGUAAAGCACCGACUCCUUCGCCCCCUGCGCUCAGUCGAACCAACUCCGACAUCGGGUCUGUCGAUUUUGAUGAUGAUCAUAUUGUUGUCCUUCGGACCCCCACCAACCCGGUUGCGCCUGUCUCGGAGGCUGAACGCAGCCGGGACAGCCUUCCCGUUCCUCUGCCAUCUCUUGAAACUGCGUGGAAACCUCGCAGCUUUUACGAACAGGGGAGGCAGGACGAUACAGUGAGCAGCCCGAUCAUCGACCUUGAUGCCGCACUCGGUCCGUUCAAUACCCCAACCAUUCAGCCAGCAGUGGGAGCCGCUAGCAACUUCACAUUGGCUACACAGCGCAUGUACAGCGGUGGACGACGAGGCGAGUUCAUUGGUCCAGAGAUGCGAUAUCACCGACGAGCAGAAAGUGCCCCAACUCUUCCCCCGUUUGAUCGCAGCGCUUUGGUUGCAUCCUCCCGUCUCAGCGUGGCCCCCGUCUUGGAAAAUGCGGAUGUCUUUGAUGAGGAGGAAGAGGAUGCUUUUCUCGCCGAGAAUAUCCAAUCUCCCAAGCCUGACGCACCUCCUGCUCAAAAUUCCGUCACUAUGUCGGAUGACGAGAAGACGUCGGUCAAGAGCGACAACUCUUCCAACAGUUUGACUCGGCCGACAGCUACCAGUGACGCUCCUCAGCAUACUGGAUUAGGUCUUCAGGAGGAUCAGUCAGCCAUUCCCAAUGCGCCAACCGAACCCGAGAAGCCGAUGCAAGAUGUUGGCAACGUAUUCCUCGACCCUCCUCAAAACUCAGUGGAGAUUAUAAAGUCGGAGGAGGGCGGAGACAGAGCGCCAGGGCCUUCUAGCCCGGAUGUCUCGCCACGCUUCUUGGCCGUUGAGAAGCGACCGGCUUCGUCUCCAAUGGAGUUCAUGCCCACCAUCCCUCCAUUUGCGCUUUCUGCUGGGGUUUCGCCUUCUGAUUCAUCGUUUCCGUCCCCUGGGGCGCCAAGGACACCGUUUGACCGUACCUUUUCGAGCCAUUCUUACCAUCAUCUGCCUUCGGAAUUUCCGCAUGCAUCGGUUGAGGAUGUCCCAUCCCUCACCAGCAGUGCAUCGACCAUGACGAAUACCAUGCAUCGCUUCUCUGCUACUUUCUUAGCCCGUGCUCGUCCCUCAACCGACCGCGCCGCGUCGUUUUCAGUUGGUCUCAACCGACGAACCGACCCCGCGAAUUCACCGAAGCGGUCCAGCUUGGCUAGCCUGUCCAAGCUGAUGAGCGGGCCUUCAGAACGGAGCAAAUUGAGCCAAGAAGAGAAGCCUCCCGGUGAUUCCCCCGACAAGACCACGAGGAAGGGUCGCCGAAUCAGUCGACUCAUGCACUUCUGGAAACAGAAGGACAAAGACAAGUUCUCGGCAGAGACAGCCUCGGCACCUCGCCCUCGCGCCCGGCCCACCUCGUGA